AGCCCCCGCGGCGCCCCGCCGAGCUGCAGAUGGUGGCGGGCAGGCUGCUGACCGUGCUGGGCUCGGUGGCGGCGCUGACCCUGCUGCAGAGCACCCUCAAGCUCCGCCGAAGCCUCCUGGUCUUGGUCUUCUCCAGCCUGGUCUGGCUGGUCUCGCUCACUAGCCUCAGCUCGCUGCCCCCAACCCUCAGACCGCUGCUGGCCGGCUCGGUCGGGAUGGCCGGCUGCCUCCUGGCACUGCUGGCUUGGCAGCGCGGCAUCUUCACUGCUCAGAGCCGUGGAGAGCAGCCCCAGCAUCACCACGCGCGGCUCCCCUGCGUGGAGGAGAAAGUGCCUGUGAUCAGACCCAGGAGGAGGUCUAGCUGUGUGUCCUUAGGAGAAACGCCAGCCAGCUACUACGGUAGUGGCAAAAUGUCCAGGAGACCUUCGUUGCCUUGUAUCUCCAGAGAACAGAUGAUUCUUUGGGACUGGGACUUGAAACAAUGGUAUAAACCUCAUUAUCAGAAUGCUGGCAGUGGAAAUGGAGUAGAUCUUUCAGUACUAAAUGAGGCUCGCAACGUGUUAUCAGACCUCUUGAUCGAUCCAGCCCUUCCCCCACAUGCGAUUUCUUCCCUUCGAAGCAUUAAUAGCUUGAUGGGUGCUUUCUCUGGCUCCUGCAGGCCAAAGGCUAACCCCUUCACACCAUUUCCUGGCUUUUACCCGUGCCCUGAAAUGGAGGAUGCAGCUGAAAAAGGCGAUCGAAAGCUACACAAGGGAUUAAAUAGCAGGAAUAGUUUACCAACACCACAGUUGAGACGAACGUCAGGAGCUUCUGGCCUGCCACCUAUUGAACAGUCAUCUUCUAGGUGGGAACGCAGUAAUGGCAAGAGAUCUCAUCAAGAAUACAAUGCUGCAAGCCAAGGAUCUCAUCCAAAUGGGCCUUUCAGUACAAACCUACUGACAAUACCAAAACAAAGAUCAUCUUCAGUGACAUUGACUCAUCAUAUAGGUCCCAGACGAGCUGGUACUUCCCCUAGUCUAUGUUCUGUAGGUUCAUCUAGUCAUGGGUCUAUCUCCAGUGGGUCUCUUGUCAAUCGAUCACCUGUAGAAUUUCCCGAUACUGCUGAUUUUCUUACUAAACCAAGUGUUAAUUUACAUAAACCUCUGGGAUAUACAUUUAGUUCUCCAGAUUUUCAUCAACAAGCUAGAACUUCUGCAAGUUAUACAUGUAACAGCUGUGGACAUCAACUUCUUAAGCUUAUUUCCACAUCACAGUCCGAAUCUGGUGCAGAAUAUCAAGGUAUAAACUCAGGUGAGGAUGGAACCACGGGUAUUUCAAAAGAGCCAGACUACCAUACAGAGGGACAAAAAGAUGAAAGAAAAGAAAACAGAGACUGCAGAAAGAAGUUGACAGAAAGUGAUAAUCAGAAAAUGGAUCAAACACAGGAUAGCCAGCAAUCUGAUUUGGAACAAGAGCCUUUAUUAGAAAUGAUGUUAACAGAAGAUCAUGAAUUGUUAAUGGAGAAGAUGAACAAUUGGAAUUUCCAAAUUUUUGAUCUCGUGCAAAAAAUGGGAGACAAAUCUGGAAGGAUCCUUAGCCAGGUGACAUACGCCUUGUUUCAAGACACUGGCUUGUUUGAACUUUUCAAAAUUCCAACACAAGAAUUCUUGAAUUACUUUCAUGCACUAGAAAAUGGCUACCGAAAUAUUCCCUAUCACAAUCGUGUACAUGCCACAGAUGUUCUUCAUGCAGUAUGGUAUCUCACAACACGGCCCAUUCCUGGGUUUCAGCAACUUCACGGUGAUCAUAUAAUGCAAAGUGACAUGGAUGCAGAUAGUGAAAUUACCCCUGGUCGAGUCAGUUAUGUUUCUUCAAAGAGCUGCUCCAUUGUUGAUGACAACUAUGGAAGCAUGGCAUCAAACAUUCCUGCCCUGGAGUUGAUGGCUCUGUAUGUAGCAGCUGCCAUGCAUGAUUAUGAUCAUCCAGGUCGUACAAAUGCUUUUCUAGUGGCUACAAAUGCACCUCAGGCUGUGCUGUACAAUGAUAGAUCAGUCCUUGAAAACCAUCAUGCUGCAUCUGCAUGGAAUCUCUUUUUAUCUCGACCAGAAUACAACUUUCUACCUAAUCUUGAACAUGUGGAAUUCAAACGGUUUCGUUUCUUAGUUAUCGAAGCAAUCCUUGCCACAGAUCUCAAGAAACAUUUUGAUUUUCUUGCUGAAUUUAAUGCCAAGGUCAAUGAUAUAAACAGUCAUGGUAUAGAAUGGAAUAAUGAGAAUGACCGCCUGCUAGUUUGUCAAAUAUGCAUCAAAUUGGCAGAUAUUAAUGGCCCAGCAAAAGUUAGAGAUCUGCACCUGAAAUGGACAGAAGGCAUUGUUAAUGAAUUUUAUGAGCAGGCAGUGCUGUGUCGAUGUAACCCUCAGUUGAAUACAGAGAGGGAACUCACAUCUCAAAGAACUUCAUUACAGGGUGAUGAAGAAGCAAGCCUUGGAUUACCUGUUAGCCCCUUCAUGGACCGUUCUUCUCCUCAACUUGCAAAAUUACAAGAAUCUUUUAUUACUCAUAUAGUUGGCCCCCUUUGUAAUUCCUGUGAUGCAGCUGGCUUGCUUCCAGGCCGAUGGCUUGAUGAAGAAGAGGAUGAUAUAGAAAGUGGUGAAGAUGAAAAUGGAGAAGAAAUGGAGAGUGAAGAUGAAGAAAUGGAAGAUGAUUUUGGUCAAAAACUACAAAGAAAAAAAGGCAGAAGGCGAAUAUUUUGCCCGCUAAUGCACCAUCUGAGUGAAAAUCACAAAAUGUGGAAGAAAGUGAUUGAAGAAGAAGAAAAAAAUAAACCUGAAGGAAGUAAACUGCAGCCAGAUAAUGUGUCCUUACCUCAAACAGAUGAAAUUCAGGUUAUUGAGGAAGCAGAUGAAGAAGAUGAACGACAGCUAGGGGAGGAGAAAUCAUGUUGAGAGGACUUUGAACUGAUGUACAAUACAGUAGCAGAAAGCAUAUAUUCAGUUUUCACUGUACUGAUUAUAGGGUACGUCUAGACUACAUGCCUCUGUCGCCAGAGGCAUGUAGAUUAGGCUACCAGACAUAGUA